AUGAACUGGAAGAUAAGAAGUGUUGGUGCUCAUGGCUGGCAGAGUGCUGCAGGGGAGCGCCCUCCCAGGGAAUGCAAUCGAGCAGCAGCAGCAACAGCAGCUGGUGAUAAUGAUGAUCAUCGCUGCGAAAGAAACACUGGAGAGGAGGGGAUAUUCCCAGGUCCAGAAACAUGGAUAAUCGAUGCUGGCCAGCUGAUGGCACUCCAAACAAAAGGGAAGCCAUUUCGGCCAAUUUUGAAACCCGCAAACUGCAAACCGAAAAUUCGUGCAGAACCUCUGCAACCGCAAAAGAGAAGCGCCGUGGCCGCAAAAUAUAUGCGCAAUAAAUCACGGUUUGGGAGAAUCACAGUAUGUGCUUGA